UCCUCUUCUUCCAAUAUUAUUUUUUCGCCUUUUCUGUUCGUGUGUUCGUGGUGGAGUUCAUCUCGCCUUCCCCUCUUCCGGUCCUCCCACCGCUCCUCGCCACCACAAACCGCCGCCGCCUCCUCCUCUCCUAUCUGGUAUCGUAAUCGAACCAGCGGAAACCGCUAUUCGUUGCGGAGGAGGUAUACCACACCUUUGGAUUUUGGGGAAGCAGUACGUUGAUUGGAAGAAAUGUCAGGAGGUAGGCAAUCAUACUGGUGCUACCAAUGUAGACAGCGGGUGAGGCCCCGCGGCCAGGAUAUGGAGUGUCCCUAUUGUGAUUCCGGUUUUGUGUCUGAAAUGGAUGAUGUUGAUGCUCUCAUGCGCCACUUUGUUGGGAUGGAUCCUGAUUUCCAUCGUGAUCCAAGAUUCGGUAUCAUGGAGGCAAUCUCUGCUGUGAUGAGGCAUGGCAUGGCGGGAACGAACCGGGAAGUUGAUGUGAGAGGAAGGCCAAACAUAUUUUCUGACCUGGAGAUGGAGUUUGGCUCAGGGCCAUGGUUGCUCUUCCGUGGCCAGCUUCCUGGUCAUCUCUCAGAAGACAAUGGUUUUGAUGUAUUCAUCAAUGGACGCCGUGGUGUUGGCAUGCGCAGAGCAAACAUUGCAGACUACUUUGUUGGACCUGGACUGGAUGAUCUGAUUGAGCAAUUAACUCAGAAUGAUCGACGAGGGCCGCCACCUGCCACUCAAUCAUCGAUUGAUGCUAUGCCUACUGUGAAGAUUACACAGAGGCAUCUCAGUGGAGACUCACAUUGCCCUGUCUGCAAGGACAAGUUUGAGCUGGGAUCAGAAGCAAGGGAGAUGCCAUGCAAGCAUUUAUACCACUCUGAUUGCAUAGUUCCUUGGCUGGAACAGCACAAUUCCUGCCCUGUUUGCCGAUAUGAGUUGCCACCACAGAGCUCUACUGGUGCUAGCUGCUCGCGCACAAGAUCAACCAACCAAAGUCAGAGUUCAAGUAGCAAUGGGAGAACCAAUGGACGUCAAAGGAGAAGGAAUCCGUUCUCGUUCCUAUGGCCUUUCCGAUCAUCAAGCUCUAGCUCUCGUUAGAUUAGCCUGGUAAUCUGGUUGGAGUCCUCAAGACUGUUUAAUCGAAGAUGCUCAUAAAAUGGGUGUUAUGCAUGGCAUCUUAUCGUCCAAUCUGUAAUGUAUGGCUUGUUAUGAUCACCACGGAAUGCUUUUCCUUGCAAGUAUAUCCUUCCACAGCUUCAUAUCAGAUACUUCUUUUACUAUUCUGUUUACAUAAAAGGUUAACGAUAGUAUGAUACUUGUUUAGAUAGCUAGAGAAGGUUAUUUUCUUAAUGUUGUAUUACUUAAUGUUCUACAGCAGAAUAUACUUCUGUCAACUGUCAUUAAGACGUUUUUUUAGCUGUAAAUCUCAAGGGAUCAAUGGUAGCAAGCAUGAUGAUAUAAUAUAGAAGCAAGUUGCCUGAAA